UAUUUUCAUCUAUUACGAUAUUUUCUAAUCUAAGGCAUUCAAUUAAAAAAAGGCAAAAUAUUAAAGGAGAAGUACAAACAAAGUAAACAAGGCUCCUACAAAAAAGGGUCCAACAGAACAAAUCCAGAAGUUCCUUCCAUUUCUUUUGAUUUCAAAUUUGAUGGGAGGAGGAGGAGGAAGAAGAACCAGAGGCUAAGGUUAGCGGUGGGGGAAAUUUCCUAACUCUAGAGUGGCUGUUGAAUAAGUCAAACCCCUCCUUUCAAAUUAAAUAAAGAAAAAAAAAGACCAACCAAGAACACCCAAAUCUUCAUUGGCACAAAUGCAUUCUUCCUAUUUUUCAUCUUUAAUUUAUUUCGCUUAAAGUCAACCCCUUUUAUUUUUGUUUCUUCGAUUCUUCAUUUGAUUUUUUUUUUUACACAAAAAGAAGAUUUUUUUUUUCGGUUUCAUCUCAACAUUCAUACGAAGACGGAGAAGACGAAGAAGAAAAAGAACAUUCCCAUUCUGUUUUUUGGUCAAGCUUCAAUCAGUGUUUAAUGGGAGAAGAUGGAACACCCACCUUUACUGUGGAUGAUGCCCUUUUGCACAUGGGGUUUGGAAAGUUCCAAAUUCUCGUGCUUGCUUAUGCCGGAAUGGGGUGGGUUUCGGAAGCUAUGGAAAUGAUGUUACUCUCAUUUAUAGGACCAGCAGUUCAAUCUUUAUGGGGUCUUACUUCUCAUCAAGAGAGCUUAAUAACCAGUGUGGUUUUUGUUGGAAUGCUUGUUGGUGCCUAUUCUUGGGGUGUAGUCUCAGAUAAAUAUGGAAGAAGGAAAGGGUUCCUCAUCACUGCAAUAGUUACUUCGGGAGCUGGCUUUUUGAGUGCCUUGUCUCCAAAUUAUAUUUCAUUGAUUAUUCUUCGUUGUUUGGUUGGUCUCGGUUUGGGAGGUGGCCCUGUUCUUUGCUCCUGGUUUCUAGAGUUUAUUCCUGCCCCAAGCCGAGGAACUUGGAUGGUUGUUUUCCAAGCAUUCUGGACUUUUGGGACGAUUUUUGAAGCCUCACUUGCAUGGUUUGUGAUGCCACGGUUGGGAUGGAGAUGGCUACUUGCUCUAUCUUCUAUCCCUUCAUCGAUUCUCCUUCUAUUCUAUGUAUUCGCACCUGAAUCACCCCGAUAUCUAUGCUUGGAAGGUAGAAAAGAAGAAGCGCUUGUUGUUUUGGAGAAAAUAGCUAGAAUAAAUGGAGCAAAAUUGCCUACUGGAGUUCUUGUUUCCGAGAAUGAAAUUGAGUUAGUUGGAAAAAGUACUCCAACAGAAGAUACACUGUUGCUUCAAGCAGAAGAUAACGGAUACGAAGCUCCUAAGGAAAUGAAUCCUAAAGCCGGAGGCAUCUCAACGCUGUUACAACUUCUUUCUCCAGAAUUAGUUCGGUCGACCACACUCUUAUGGAUGGUAUUCUUCGGAAAUGCAUUUUCGUAUUAUGGCCUUGUAUUACUCACAACGGAAUUGCACAAUGGACGUAAUACAUGCCGUCCGGAAGAAUUGCAAACAGUAAAAUACGAGGGCGUUAGCUACAAAGAUGUUUUCAUUACUACUUUUGCUGAGUUCCCCGGCCUCCUGAUAUCUGCUUUCACUGUCGAUCGAUUUGGUCGUAAGUUCUCAAUGUCAGCUAUGUUCUUCCUGUGUUGCAUUUUCCUGUUUCCUUUGGUAGUCCAUCAGCCUCAGGGUCUUACAACCGGCCUCCUCUUUGGUGCUCGAAUAUGCAUCACUGCCAGCUUCACGGUUAUGUAUAUAUACGCGCCAGAGAUAUAUCCAACAUCCGUUAGAUCAACCGGUGUUGGAAUUGCGAGCUCAAUGGGAAGAAUUGGUGGGAUGGUAUGUCCGCUCGUGGCGGUAGGUUUAGUGCAUGGAUGUCAUCAAACUGCCGCCAUUAUGUUGUUCGAGGUUAUAAUUUUUGUAGCAGGGAUAUGUGUACUUCUGUUCCCAGUAGAGACCAUGGGUCGGGAUUUGAGUGAUAGCAUUUCCAGUUCAAAACAAACGAGUGGGUCGAUUUAAAAUAGUGAGGGCUUUCCCUCUUUCUGUAUAACAGUUGUUUUAUUACCCAAAAAAAAAAAAAAAAAAAAAAUAAAGAAGUACUUGGACUUCCAUAUCAAAAUAGCUUUUCUAAAUAUUUUCUCCCUGCAAACAUAUUUUUCGUUACAUUUUCGAGAAUUCAGUAGCUUUUAUGGUUUAGUAUCGGGGGUGGGGGAACCUUUAUGACGUCUUCCUCUUUUGAUGGCAUCCAUGUCGGGAAAAGAAAGCAGUUUACAAUGGCAGCAUUAGGAUUUCAUUUUGGUGGAAGCUAGAAGAUAAAGUCAGACCGUGCCGUUUUUAAGGCUACUAUUCCAUGCAUGAAGGAUUUUAACCCCUGACAUUGGAUAGCCAUGUUUUUUUAAAGCAAAGCAACUUGCAGUGCAGACCAACCAGUUUCAGAGCAGACAUGAAUCGUUGCUGGGGCAGGGUGCUUCAUCACUUCCAGAGGUCGUAGAAAUUGUCACUUUAAGACAAAACAUGAAUAUUCAUCAUUGCUGCCAUAGGAUUUUGGUAGGAAAAAAGGGAGAAAAUAUUAGGAUUUUAUAUAAAUAUAUAUAUAUAUACACCUUAUACGAGGAGAAAUUCAGUUACACUAGUGGAAAAUAUUUUAAUUUUAUAUUCUUUUGGAUUUAAUAUUUUAACCAUUGGAUUUAGUGAUAUAUUUGUAUUCAUUAUGUAUGUAAAAUUUUAAAUUUAAAUUAAUUUAAUAUCUUUAUCGUA